UUUUCUGUUUGCUUAGCCAGAGCUUUUGGAUUGGCUGUCAACAUGGUUGCGACUUCUCUUGACUCCAGAGAGUCUUUGAUGCUGAAUUAUUCAAAAGCUAUGAGCAAUGUGAAGGAGUUACAGGCCAGGGGAUGCAAAGUAUUGCAUGAGGUGGAUGUCCACAGCAUGAGCCAACACCCUUUCUUGAUUAGGGUACGCUUUGAUCGCAUAAUCUAUAAUUUUCCUCACGCCGGUUUCUUUUCUUCUGAACGCAACAGGUUACAAAUUUGGUUUCAUCAGGAUUUGGUCAGGGGAUUCCUCAAGAAUGCAUGCGAAAUGCUGACUGCGAUAGGAGAAAUUCAUGUGACACACAAGACAACAUUUCCUUUCAAUGAAUGGAAAAUAGUGGAGUUAGCAAAAGAGAUUGGGUUAUAUCUGGUUGAUGAAGAACAGUUCUCACUAUUGGAUUAUCCAGGUUAA